GAGAAGUUAAAUCACGGAAAAGAUAUGUGUUGCUGGUUUAUCUAGCGCAGGACUGAAGAGGAGGGUCUGUGAGAAAGAAGGAGCACAGUUGCCGAAAUUGUUUCUUGCCUUUUGUUUCCAAGUCCUAACGAUAUGGAGGCAGCCAUUAAGACGGUGGUGACCACUUUUCUUACUUCUACCAGGGGGAAGGAGAACCUAGAAGGGGGUGCCUUCCAGAAACUGGUAAAGAAACAGUUUGGCGGCAUGAUGGAGGAUGCAACCUGCUCCUCUGCUGUUAAGGAGAUGCAGCAGGGUUUGGAUGCGGACAACGAUGGAAAGGUCAGCUUCCAGGAAUACCUCACUCUGAUUGGCUACCUGGCCAACUCCGCCAGUGAGAGGAAGGCUGGAGCUAAUGCAAAUGCUUCAUAGAUGCUUCUGUUUGGUGGAUCAGAAAAUGAACAGCCUUUUUGGCAUUUUUUAAAAAUAUUUGUUCUCAUUUAAGUCCAUAAUCAUUUUACAUACAAUCAACCAGUUGUGAAAUGCUCUUAACGUCUGUCCAGAUCAGCCAUUUCUUCAGUCACACCAUAUUGAUAUCCAUUGUCCAUCUCAAGGACACAUUGAAGGACUCUUUGCUGGGAGUGUCUUUUUAUAUACCAGUUAUACAAAAGAUACUUACUGUAUUUUCAAAAUAAAUGCUUUAUAUAAUACAACUAUACUGUGUGUAUUUUUUAAUUGGCGUUCGAUCUUUAUUAAGUUGCUUUUGCUUUGAAGUUUAGCUUCCAAAUGAAAUAAAAUUCAGCUGGGAAACCCAGCAAAGUAC